UCUGUGCUGUCCUGUAAUUACGUGAUUUUCAGGAUAAAUUUGAAGAGAAAAUUCUCUCCCUGCAGUAAUUAUACAUUGUGAUGAUAUGUGUGUAAUGAACGAAACAUAUUUUUAUGAAAUUCAAAUUAUAAAUCCGAAAAGGCGUAACAUCUACUUAUAAAUUUGAAUACCGAAGUAUGUACAAACUCGAACACUGACUGCCGGGAGUUUCACGGAAAAGCUAAGGGUAGAAAUCUUGAAAACGAUAAACGACAGAGGGUUAUCAGUUUGUAGGACCUUUUGUCAAAGAGAAUUGUCACUAUUUCGAGUACCAGUCGACGAGAGAUAUCGAUUAAAUCGUGUCUACGCGGCGAAUGCGAGAGGGAUCAAGUUCGGAUCGAAUUUGACGCGAAAUUGACUGACAGCGCGAUUGAAAUAAUCGAAUAAUGGAAAGCAGCAGCGGUCAUGAUCGUCGAUGAGUACAGCGAUAAGUGUCCGCUGGUGACUUUGCGCGAUUCUAAAAACGGCAAUUCCAGAAACGAGGGCGUGAUAGACGGCGAGAGUGUCGGCAAGUCCGAGAAGCGAUCCUGCAAGACCGCGUUUCAAGAUCGGAAAUACGUCGGCCCCGGCGAUUCCUCGGACGCCUUAUCGCCCGCCAACGACAGAAUAGGUGUUACCAAGCAUGAUUUCGAACGGUAUCAUUGGAAGAUUACCACGGGCAAGAGCAGUAAUACAGACGCGUUAUGCGAGGGAAGCGGCGACUCGGAGCGGCGCAAGGAGGACGUGGAAGAACCGUCGAAGACUAGGAAGAAGAGAAAGCGGAGAUUUUUAACAAUCUGCACGGCGAACUGCAAAUACGACGUGGUUAGGCGCGUGGCCGCGCGGUAUGGGAUGAGAGAAGUCACGGAGGACAGCAGCUGGGAUCUCUAUUGGACCGAUCUAAGCGUCAACGUAGAGCGUGCCAAGGAUAUGAGGAGAUUCCAAAGGGUCAAUCAUUUCCCCGGGAUGACGGAGAUAUGCAGGAAGGAUCUACUCGCUCGUAAUCUCAAUCGCAUGCAGAAGCUGUUCCCGAAAGACUACAAUUUCUUUCCGAAAACUUGGUGCUUUCCCGCGGAUCACGGCGACGCGACGGCUUACGCCAAGACGCGGAAGUCGAGAACCUUCAUCCUCAAGCCGGAUAUGGGCUGCCAAGGGCGUGGUAUUUAUCUAACGAAACACAUAAAGGACAUCAAACCGACCGAGCGUUUGAUCUGUCAAGUGUACAUCGCAAGGCCCUUCUUAAUAGACGGAUACAAAUUUGAUCUACGUAUUUACGCACUAAUUACGUCAUGCGAUCCUCUCAGGAUCUAUGUGUACAAUGAAGGGCUCGCGAGAUUUGCUACGAGCAAGUACAAGGAACCGGCCGGUCACAACAUUUCAAACAUGUUUAUGCAUUUGACGAAUUACUCCGUUAACAAGUACAGCCGAAUGUACAUCAUCGACGACGAGAUUGGUAGCAAGAGAAAAAUAUCAACGUUGAACAAAUGGUUAAAAGCGCGAGAUGCUGAUGUGGACGAAUUGUGGAGCAAGGUCGACGAAAUUAUAGUUAAAACAGUCAUCUCCGCGUAUUCCGUAUUGAAACAUAGUUAUCACGCGUGCUUCUCGGCGCACAAUAAGACUUGCGCAUGUUUCGAGCUCUUAGGAUUCGAUAUUUUGCUCGAUUGGAAGCUCAAGCCUUACCUUCUCGAGGUAAAUCACUCGCCAAGCUUUCACACAGAUGCACAAAUAGAUAAAGAUGUAAAAGAAGGACUGCUGAUGGACACCUUCGAUAUAUUAAAUCUACAACAAUGUGAUAAGAAGAAAAUAAUUGAAGAAGAUAGAAAACGAAUCAGAGAGCGACUUCUGCAAGGUUUAAAUGGGAAAGAUCUCAGUCAAAUGAACGAGACGGCAGCUUUGAUAAAAUCCGAGAGAAACGAGAACGAUUACACGCAGAGGCAGCAAUUUCAGUGGGAGGACGACCACGUGGGCAAUUUCCGAAGAAUUUAUCCGUGCUUUGACAAGGAUACAUACCAGCCUUUCUUCACGCAGAAUGCCCUUUCCGUUUUCCAAGAUACGGUAGCAUCGAGAGCGCGAGAAGAAGCAUCAAGAAUAGAUAGAGAGGAGAAUGAACUAAAAGCUAGAGAGGAAGAACGUAAACGUACAGUCGGGAAGUGGAGCGAACAAAAAUUAGGUCCUGAAAGUUCAAACGCAUCGAAGAAAUUACAGGAAAAGAGCAAAUCCGCAGGCGUAACGAGGAAAAACAUCAAUAAACAGGACGCACAGGGAUCUCCUACCAACGCCCUGUACUCCUUCGAGCCUGAAAUCAUAUCGGAGUCUGAGGAGAGGGAACGAAUAACGGCUCUGGCGCAGAGGGAUUUUCUCAUCAAGAGCUACGGCAUGCUCGAGCAGAUAUACCUGGCGAUGAAGAGAAACGGCAUGUUACGACCCGCCGACGAGAGAAAGUAUGGAUUGUAUGGCAGACUGGGAUUACAGGCAAACACGAACCACAGCACAUGCUCCUCUUCGCACAAGCCCCAUCAUCGUCAAAAUGGCCAUCUGGACGCGCAACCAGCCGUGGACCAAUGCCUGCAAUGUUCCCUCAAAGGGAAUGAACACAAAUCGGCGAAGCGUGAGUUUAAGAAUUCAAACAGAAGCUUGUGGAUAACAUGCAACGAGGCAAUGGUUUACGUUCGUCCGCAAAUACCGCAAAAUCUGUGGACGGAGGAAAUUAAUUCCAAUAAUCACAUGGGACGGGUAACAAAGGCACACGUGGCCAGAACAUUGUCGAACACCGUGCGGCUGCACACGCUUGAGAGAAGAGAAUCUUUCCAUUCGGCAAAAUCUAAAGUUGACGUUGACACCCAGCACUAAAGAUAAAGAAAAGCAAAAGGAACAUACCACAUGAUACAAUGACAAAGUUAUAUUGUCGAAAGAUAUAAAAGCGGAAGGGCAUAAAAAAAUUAAUAUAAAAUUGACCACAAAUUCAGACGGCUGUUAUAAAGACAGCGCAAUGUUGUGCUAUUGUGCUACACACUACUGAUAUCGAACGCAAAUGAAGAUUAGUAACAAUGAAUAAGAUUCGUAUUGUUAGGAAAUACAAUUUCAUAUUAAAUAUAUUACACAUAUCCCUAGAAAAUAAUUCCUCAGUUAGAAAAUAAUUCCGCGUUAGAAAUACUUCGUUAAAUAAAAUUUCAGUGGGAAUUUUAAUCGAGAAGUAAAAUGAACUUUAUUCAACAUCCAGGAAUCCAACGAACUUCGGGACGCGUCUCGGUUUGUGUGCGAGUGUGCGUGUAUGUGUGUGUGAGCGGAUGCCGUUUCAAGGUAGAGAACAGUAAUCUAAAAAUCAACAAUGUAUCGACUUGUUAUUUAAAGUGCCAUAUAAAUAUGUACAAUAGAUAUAUAAGUGAACAUGUACACGUCGCAUAAGAGUGGGAAUUAGGUACGCGCCGGUGCGUAUGUAUAAUAAAAUGGUCAUACACACGUACGUAGACGCCAGUCUAUAAUAUGUAUAACAAUUUUUAUUGCUGAUAUAUAUUCUGUAUUCACAUGAUAAAAAAUAAUCUAUGAACAAUUUGUCGCGUGCUGGUUUUUUGCCCCCGUUCGUGAUAUCGCGUCCAUGUCGUUUUGUCGCAGCGUCUCAGUCGCCCUCUCCUCAGCUUCUUCUUCUGCCUUCCUUUUUUUUUCUCGACCAUUAGUCUUAUCGCGUCUUCGUGUCGCAAUCGGUAAAUCGAGCCUGCGGUGGACGCGUGUUUCGAGAGUAUUACGACAUAAUCGAAAAUCCAAAGUUUUAAAGUUUCGAAGUCGGGAUAACAAUAAUCCGCAAUUUUAUACAAAAUAAUACUGUGUACCAUGUGUAGAGUUUGUGUGUGUGCGUGCGUGUGUGUACUUUGUGUGUUCGUGGUGUGUGUAAAGCGGUGCGCCGAACUGACAAGAGUGUGCGUUGCUCUCUCUUAAAUUUAUAACUCGCGGUCAGACUUCCUUAGUUACAAUUUUCCUUUCACCCUCGGUCAUAAAACGUAACUGCAUCAAAUAAUAGCGACACUUCGCAGAAAUCCACGCACGUAGGCGAUGUAACGUCGACUGUAAACUGCGCUAUGUUACGUCAUUGUAAGAACAAGAAUUAGUGCGAAAUACAUCCAACACAUUACGAUCGAUGAAUCUGUCUUCUUUUAACGUGAUAUAUAUUAUUUACAUAAAACCACUGUGCGACUGCGGCAAAUAUUUGCGCGUCUUUCUCUCUCUCUCUCUCUCUCUCUUUCUCUCUCUCGCUCGCUCGUACGUUCUCUCUCGCUCGCUCUCUCUCUCUCUCACUUGAUUCCCACCAUAUUAAAUCUUAGAUAUAGAAAGGCUUAUGUACAUAAAGUCAAUAGAUAUUUAUACGAUAGCCUAUAUUAUACCGCUUAUAAAAAAAAGACCAAUAAAUGUGUAUAUCCAUGCGAAAUAUUUCCAUCUCCGUUUAAAAAAAUCGUCAUAUGUCUCGGCAUAUAUACAUAUUUCCUGAAAAUAAAGGUAACUGCAUUUAAAGAGAGUGCAAUGAGACAAACAGUGUGGACACAUAUAAAAUGCAUUUGUUUCGAACAAAUUUUUACAAGAGGGGGUUAAACUACCGUCGUGAAACACACAACUUAAAUUCGUUAUUGGCAAGCGAAGAAAGGAAUUAUUACGCGACAUGUAAUUGAGAUGGGCUCACUUUGUGUCACGAAUGAACGUACAAUAAUCGUCUUUAAAAUAAUAUAAUCACUUACGGCUUAAUUCUGUGAAAGAUGAAUAUUAUCUUUAGUUACUUAAAUUACAGCUCAUUUUUUGUACUAAAAAAUGAUUACAUCUGCUGGUUCGGCCAUUGAUAACGUUAUCCGUAUGAGUGUCUUUGUAAAUCGCUUAAUCCUUUGCAUUUUAACCUUCGUGAUAAAAGCAAUGUUAACAGAUUUUAGCGUGACCUUCUUACCCGUGCGAGAAAAUACAGAAAGAAGAUAUGUGAAGAUGGUAUCCUAUUCGUUGUAAUACUAAAAUAUGAGCAUUAUAUAGGAUCCUGUGUAUGUUACUCACAUGUAAUAUGUGUUAAAAACGAUUAUAGUAAAACAAGCUUAAGGCAUGAAUUAUACGGAGAUUUCGCGAGUAAAAACAAUUUAAUUUUAGAUUAAGAAACUGACACAUUAUAAAAUUCAUUUCUUGAUCCAAAAUUAAAUUCAUUAAUUUUACAUGCAGCGUAAAUUAGCGAAUUGGUCUAAUCGAGGUACAAUAGAUUACUAAUUUCAAUCAAGAUUUUCGCUGUUCGUCAAAUCAGAUCUCCGUUUAAUACAGGCAUUAAAUGAUAUAUAUAUAUGUAUAUAUAUAUAUAUCUAGCUAAUAUUUCAUAUACAUAUAAAAAACUAUACAAUCCGUAGAUGAUAAUUUUGUAUUAGCUGCCGACGGAAUUCAAUUGUUUUGUUUUAACAGUUAAUAUCCUGACAAUAUUCCCGACGAUUUUUUCUGUUCAAUAUUCAUAUCGAUACUGUAAACCUGGUAGACGCGAAGAUUAUAUCUAAGUUAAAAUUGUUUGCACAGAUUCCUUUAUCAUGAAGUUGAGAGACGUGACUUUGUCUUAUUUCGACAUAGCUUGAAUUCAAUAACGAAUUUAGCUCAAUGCAACUCGAAGUCUGUUGUACAUACAUUAAUUUUCCUAAGAGUUAAUAGAUAUAAUAGGCGUUCUGAAAUGCCUAACUACCAAAUGAAAUAAUUGUGUCGAGCAUCUCAUUAAUUCAACACUUGCACGCACACUAUGGUAUGUCUUUAAGACAUUUUGUGUACAACAGUCUUCACGUGCACUACUCAAAUUUACUAUACAUACUUUUCAGAGAUGAUGAUAAAUUCAGACAAAUUGCAAUCUUAAAAAAAGCAAAUACUAGCAAAAAAGACUAAUUUGCGGCACAAUUCCGAAAGUGUUACGAUUUUAAUCAGUAUUUAACAAUUUCGUUUUAUUUUUAUUUCAGCUCUGCCGAAAUAUUAGAGGCUUACGCCGAUUCUAUUUCCUAUUCGGAUUUCUAUUGGAUUAUAAAAUCUUCUAUUAUAGUAGAAAAAUCUGCAUGUUAAUCAGUCAAAUAAAUUCCUGUUGUGUGUGCAAGCAAUCCCAUUAAAGAUUACUUCAUAAAUAAAACAUUAUUUUCAUAAAAACUCUUUACACAACUUACAAAAGAUAUUUCUUAUAUCCUAAUUUAACCGCGCAGUUAAAUUAAGAGUUUAAACCAUGGCAACAAUAUUAUAUAAACAAUCAAAUUAUGGUUAAUAUAAAAAAAAUAAAAAUUAUUACUUAAAAGAUUGGGUUUCAGCAUUCAGUUUGCUUAUUGCAAAUUCGAUUACAUUAAUAUUGGCGCAAAUUGUAAAACCUGUUAUACAUUAAUUCAUCUAAAUGUAAAAACAUAAACAUUUUGAUGAAUCAUAAACUGAUAAAAUAGCAACUAUACUAUUACCAAAUAUGAUUCAUCUAUUUAUAUACUACAUUUAUGUUUUUUCAUUAUUUAUGUAUAACAGCUUUUAAAUAUGUACUAACAAAUGUAUUACUCAAUCAACUGAAUUUUCUAUUAGCUCUUCUGAAAAAAUCAAAGGCAAAUUAUUUGCUAUUUACGAAAAAAUUUCAGAUAUAUUAUUUGUAUCUUCUAUAAUAUAUUAUUUAAACACAGAAAAAUGUUUAGUUAAAUAAAAAUUUCUUUGCUUUUAGUUUAAUUUGGAAAAAAUUUGAGUAAUGAAAUAGGCUAGAUAUCAAAAGUAAAAUUUACCAUGGUAUUUUUUAUACUAAAAUAUGAUAUAUAAAAAUAUAAGAAUUGCAGCAUAUUAGGUUUAUCGAGGCGUUCCCAUUACUGCAUUUGGGUUUAAUUCCGUUUCUUGAAUAGAAUUGGUUUUCCAUUCGUGCUUGUAUUAAGUCAUACACUUAAAUUUAAUAAAACAUGUAGCUUUAACAAUAAAAAUAGGACUUGUGACAAGCUCUUAUGUCAAUCAUCUUCGAUCAAUCGGUGUAAUUUGUAUCACAAUAAACAUAUCAUCUGCAUGAUAAAGGCGAUAUAUUUAGUAUUUGCAAUAAAUCAAAGAUAAUUUAAUAUAUGAAUUUUUGUAUACGUCAUCCCAAAUAUAUCAAUAUUAAUGCUCAUAAUAUAUCAUAUUAAUGGUCCGGAUAUUUAAAAAUCAUAAUUGCUCGAUGACUCUGAUGACAAAUGGUACUCGUACAAAUCAAUUGAUAAAAUUAAUACUACAAACCACAUUUAAAUAUCAAUUGCGUAGAUGAUAACAUUUAUUAUGAUGUUUAUAAGGAACGUUUAUAUAGGAUAAAACAAAGACGAUGCAAAAUUGUUCGUGGCUCGUCUCAAAUAUACAUCUUACGUCUGCUUUGAUAAUAAUACCAAACGAAUGUACGUAUCAUUAAUUUAAAAUUAAAUGCAAUUAAUCGUAAAAAUAUUAAGUCCUUUGCGGUUCUUAAAUAUUU